CGAUUCCGAGGUGUGUUAUUUCCGAUAACAACCGGCUCUCUGGAAUACUUGAUUCUGAUAGUCACUGACGAUUCCGAGGAGUAUUAUUCCCCGAUAACAACCGUUCCAGCCCCCUCCUUUACCUGGAGCGAAUUUGCACAAAUUCCCCAGCCGCGCAUUUGAGAGGGAGGAGGUCGGGAGAGGGAGGAGACAGAGCAGGAAAGAAUGAGCUCAAGGGUUGGUUGGCGCAAGGAACACCUGGAACUGUGAUUUACCUGGAUGAGACGCUGGGGAGAAGAGCGCGGAGAGUGAGCCCUUUGGGAUCUGCUAUCAAGGAACAAUAACCAGUAAGCAGAACAGACUGUCUCUGUGCAUUACUCCGUCAUGGCCGACAGCAAGACAGAAAGAGGACUCAAAUGGGAGGUUCGUGCCAACGAGCGUUAUUUUCAUCGGUCCUGUCGCCGCAAGUCUUUCCUGUGUUUCCGCUGGGGGCGUUAUGCUGACAAUGUGGUGCGGAGCUACAAAUACACCCCUCUGACAUUUUUGCCCCUUAACCUGUAUGAACAGUUCCAGCGAAUGGCGAAUCUUUUCUUCCUACUUAUUGUGGUCUUGCAGUGUGUUCCUAUAAUUGCAACCAUCCCUUGGUACAGCACUAUGCUUCCUUUGCUGUUUGUUCUGCUUGUGCGUGGGUGUAAAGAUCUAGCCACAGACUUGGGCAGACGACGUAGUGAUGGACAAAUUAACCGGCGCCCAUGUGACAUUCUCACUCCUGAGGGCUUCAAAACCGUUAAGUGGAAAGAUGUACGUGUUGGUGAAAUUCUCCAGGUUCAUAAGGACCAGAUCAUACCUGCAGAUUUGCUCCUCCUUUUCAGCACUGAGCCACACAGCCUUUGCUAUGUAGAAACAGCAGACAUCGAUGGAGAAACCAACUUGAAGUUUCGCCAGGCUCUUAGUGUAACUCAUACUGAGCUGAAUGGAGAUUCAGUUAAGGAAAACCUGGCAGCCUUUGAUGGUAUUGUGUGGUGCGAAGAACCAAACGGUAAUUUGCAUUCCUUCAAAGGUGAGUUACAUUGGAAAGGAGAGCACCACCUUCUGGACACAGACCACCUGCUCCUCCGAGGGACUGUGCUGCGAAACACGAACAUAGUUUAUGGAUUAGCCAUAUACACAGGCUCAGAUAGUAAAAUUCUGCAAAACUGUGGAAAACUGAAACUGAAGAAAACUCAAGUGGAAAUACUACUAAACAAAACUGUGUUGGUGAUUCUGCUGUUCAUGCUAACAACAGCUCUUCUCCUGGCUGUGGGCGCUGGGCUUUUUGAGCACAGGGUUUCCCCUCAGUACGACGUUGUCACGGUCUUGCAGCUGCGGGACCCUGGAGGACAGUUGAAGCUGUACUGUAAAGGUGCAGAUAUUGUUGUUCUGGAAAGGCUUCAAACGGACCGGCCACUUCAGGAGAGCACCGAGAGAGCUCUAGAGCUGUUCGCUCAGAGCUGUCUGAGGACUCUGUGUGUGGCGGUGCGCUCGGUUCCUGAAGCCCUGUGGACAGAGUGGAGCCGCACCCUCAGUCAGGCGGGCACAUGGACGGGUAACCAGGAGACUGCGCUCGAAGAGAUAUAUGAUCAAAUGGAAAAAGACUUAACGCUGUUGGGCGUGACUGCCAUUGAGGAUCGUCUCCAGGAAGGUGUCCCCGAGACCAUCGCCACCCUGCGGAGGGCGGGGUUGAAGGUGUGGGUGCUGACGGGAGACAAAACAGAAACGGCUGUGAAUGUGGGAUAUGCCUGCAAACUUAUGGAUCCAGACACGACCCUAAUUCAAGGGGAGGAGCUUAGGCAGCUUCUAGAGUCUCCUUCUCCAGAUGUUCAUGUCAUGUCUAAAGAGCCGGAGGUUUGGAUCACAGACAGGAGAGCGGUGAAGAGCAAAGCAGCACUAGUAAUUUCGGGUCCUGAACUGGCAGAAUUGACCAGAACGCCAGAAUGGGGGGCAAAGUUUGUUGCUCUGUCCGAUCAGUGCCAGUCUGUAUUGUGCUGUCGUGUCACACCGGCGCAAAAAGCGGAAGUGGUGGAGAUGGUCAGGAAGCAUUCGACUUCGAUUACAAUGGCGAUAGGCGAUGGUGCCAACGAUGUCAACAUGAUCAAGACGGCACAUAUAGGCGUUGGUCUUUGCGGCAUGGAGGGCAGUCAGGCGGUGCAGAAUGCAGAUUUCGCUCUGGCACAGUUCAGCUUCCUUCGCAGGCUGCUGUUGGUACACGGGCACUGGUCAUACUACCGCAUCUGCAUCCUUCUGCGCUAUUUCCUCUACAAAACCACUGCUUUUGCUCUGGUGCACAUUUGGUAUAGUUUCUACAAUGGCUUCAGCGCUCAGCCUAUGUAUGAGAGCUGGUUUAUUAGCCUCUACACAACACUGUACACAUCCCUGCCUAUACAGUGCAUGGGUUUUUUUGAACAGGAUGUGAGCGCCAAGAGUUGUCUGCGUUGGCCUGAGAUCUACUCGAUUGGACAGAAGCAGCAGCUUUUCAAUCCUUUAGUUCUGGCCAUCACGCUCCUCUACUCGAUCUACACCUCCAUCAUCCUGUUCUUCAUCCCUAUGGGAAUAUUGCAGUACUCUGCUCUCGAUUAUCAGACUUUAGCUGUAACGGUUCAAACAUCUGUAGUGCUUACCAUGACUGUUGAGGUUAUUCUACAUACAAAAUUCUGGACCAAGUACAGCGUUGCAGCAGUUGUUUUUAGUUUGGUGGCAUUCUUUCUGUCCAUGCUGGCUCUCCAUAGUGCUCGGCUCUUCACUGCCUCACCCAAAGAUUACUUUUUUCUGGGAGCAUCACCAAAUGCUUACAGUACCCCUGAGGUUUGGCUGACCAUAUGUGUGACCACCUGUAUUGCUGUCCUUCCCUCAAUAACCAUACGGGCCUUAGGUGUUGUGCUAACAAACCCCAACAAACAUAAGAUCCACAGCUCGAAUAAGCCUGUUGAGCUGAAGUCGUGGUUUCAGAGAGGUACCCUUCAGCGUCGUUCAUCCUAUGCGGUGUCCCAAGGGAAAGGUUUUGGAAAGUUAAUCACCACAGGAGUUGGGCUUCCCUCUACGGCACCCCCACAGGACAGGAGAGUUACAGCAGAUAGUCUGAAGAAAGAAUCUCCACAGGGUUCACUUAUAGAAAUGAAUAGUGGUGAUGUGGCAUGCUAGCUAGCAUCUUCAGUGUGUUUUGUCAUGCACUGAAAAUGUGAUAUGAGUAGCAAAUAUUUUAAUUCUUAUUUUUAUAUAUAUUUUAAAAAGUCCGUGGUCCUGAAACCUAGGGUUUUUGGUGCAAUUCCAAAAUGGAGGCCCAGAAUACACCUAAUCUAAUUGAUAGUGACCAUUUUGCCAAUACUUAAUGUUAUGGGGAGGGUUUGAACAUUUUAAAAUGCAAAAAAAGUUGUAAAUCCCCAAUUUGUCAUAACAUUAUGCGCAUCAUAGGGCCAAAUAGUUGAUAAAAGGUAAAUCCCAUCCUCUUUAGUUUGUAAUAUUAGAUCUUUUAAAUAUUC